CGACGUUGACCUUCACCACCAUCUGCCACCUUCAAUUAACGUCGUGGUAAUCAUUAUUGACAUGGCAGUCUUAACUAGUCUGCCUACACCACCUACUACCUCACAUAGAGACAAGGAAACAACAAGCUUCGCUGGCUCUCGUGUCGCCUGGACUCAACAGAACCAAUACCACAUUCUUACAAGUCCAAAGGGUCACGUCCCCUUCCCACCAACCGCUUCGCGUCAGCGUCCUACAAAGUCUAUUCUCAAGAGAUCGGCUCCAAAGUUACUCACCGUAUCAGAGGAGGGACAACGGGAAGCAACUCCAGAACCAGAAGACCCGCUUGUAAACCUGUCGUAUCUUGCGCGACCCGUCUCUCAAAUUCUUGCCUUGGAGACCUCCUUCACUGACCUCAUUGAUGCCUACGCCGUCCUCGCUGCCCGCAUUAGGUCAGCGGUGGCGGGCACAACCGACGCGGACGCUUCCUGGCCUCUGUUUCAACCAAUUCGUAAGAAAACGCAGCCCUUCACUGACGCGGUAUGCCGUGACCUCGGUAAAGCACUUGUGGAGCCCAAGUCUCCUGAACUUGAAAGUGAAACGGAAGAUUUUCCAUUUACUCAUGAGGAAGAGGAAGAACUUCCCUCGCUCCUACCUUCUCCGAAAAAGAGUCCCAAGAAGAAAAAACGCGGAAUGUCGGCUGGGCAAGCAAAAUACGCGCGAGACCUCUGCACGACCUCGCACGCCGUGAUGAGGUUGCUUGGAGCAAUCUUUACCCUUCCUGCUGUUUAUCGCAUCUUCACAGACACGCAAUUGGGCGAAAUGUUGACUGCCGUUUUGUCUAUUCCUAUGGCUGACGUGCUUCCGACUCCUAACGCACGUAAAACGUGCGCACUGUCCAUAUGGCUUCUGCAAGUUCAGCGUCUACCAGAGGAAGUCCUCGUACCAGCGAAAGACAGAAUUGCUUUCGCUCUGCGCCGAGGUAUGGAAGGCGAACUAGGCAAAGAAGGCAAAAAAGGAUCUGCCUGCGAUGGCCUAAAGGCUAUUCAUGAUCUUUCUGUGUAUCAACCCUCCACUUUCGUACCUGCAUUCAUAGAAUUGCUCCCAUCUAUACUGGCGAACUUGCUUGCGCCAACUUUGCUUCUCCGCACUCAAGCUUGCCAUGCGCUUGGAGGUUUCGUCCUAGCUUGCGUCUCUAUUCCGCAAUCGACAAUGCAUGUCCGCAUCUCCAAAGCAGUCGCCACAUUCCUCACAACAACUCAACGAUCAUCUUCUCCGCGAAAGACGCCAACGAAGCCAUCGUUAGACCCGAUAAUCGUUCGUACGCUUCGCACAACGCUGAACGCGUUAGAACCCCAGCAUGCGGCCCAAGGACCUGUCUGGGCCCUUAGUGUCAUCGCCAGCUUUAUCGUUUUGUUGGGGCCAGCAUUGUACCUGGACGUUCGAUUGACGCGUGUUAUAUCGGCUCUGCUUCAACUCGCAGUGCGCAAUAAGAAGAGUUCAGUGCGAGGGCUUGCUUGUGUUACGUGGCGUUGUGUUGCUUGGGCCUACUUUCGUCCACCCCCAUCGACAGUGUCUAAUGACGCGGACGACGUCCAAGAUUUGAACGACAAGGACAUCGAACUUCUUCGCGAGAACUACUGGAAACUUCUCAAAUCCAUUACCGACAUGGGUGCCGGCGUCUCAACGGUUGCCGCUCUUUUAGGCGAUGAUUCUGAAGAUGAGGAUCGCCUGCGGAAGACCCUGACCCUGGUCAAGGCCAUGAUCAAAAAGGGCGGUCAAACCUGUGGCGACGGAAUGGAGAUUGCGAGGAUCCUAGUGAGCUUCGAGAACACCGGAGAGAAUUGGACCAUGAACAAGCUUCUUCCUCAUUCCCUUUUCUCAUCAAAUCCGGGGCUUCUUACAGCGGAAUACAAGACGCUAGCUGGCGCUGUGAGGCCAAUACUGGAAGAAUGUCCUCAGAUGAGCGAUGUUAGGUCCCUAACGAGGGACGAGCUGUCUUGCAGUUGGGUGUUCGACGACCUCAUUCACAUCUGGAGAUCUGGACUUGCGUGCCUUGAGCUGCCAGAGGAUAGUGGAACGCCGGGCGAUGUCCUGUCAAUUUGGGAAGGCCUCUUGAAGGCCAACGUGGCAGCCUUACAAGAUGACAAUAAUGACCAUGGAACUAUUGACUUCGCAACCAAAUCUGCUGCAAUACUCGUAGACAUCCUUCGUGAUUCUAAGCUCGACUUUUCGGCCAAGUUUGGACCUCCUCCGUCUCAGCAAGCCAGUCCUGUUAGCGGCGUCAGGGUUACCCCCAGGCGAACCUUGAUACCAUCCCGAUCUAAUGCUGCUCUCAAGUUAGUCAUUACCAGAGACUUGUGGGCCGUGAUACGAACCACUUUCCCUAACAAUCUGCUUCAUUCUGCUGGUGCGAGGCUCCUUGCGUGUUUGAUAGAGGACGAAGCCGACCUGGUCUGGGAAACGGAUUCUCCGGACGAUGCUAGGAAACAAUGGGCAUACCUCUGCGCAGAAGUCUUGGUCGUCUGCGAAGUGGAUGAUUUGCGAGAAUUCUGGGCGAAGAGAUCACGCGCCAUGGCCAUGAUGUCCUAUGAGCCAGGAGUUCAAGGCCUCGUGUGGGGCUGCUUCGUUGAGAAAUGGACCGAGGAUGCCGAGGGCUCGUGGGAAGGAGCCGCCUUAUUGCUCGGCGUUCCCUUCGGGAAAUCGAACGCAUGGGAUAUGGCCAACGACGAAUUCGAGACCUGGGAUAACUUCCUGCAGCAUGCGGUCAAUAAAGCUCUCGAUUACGGCAUCGACGCCUCCGCCGUGCUCGAUCGUGUUGCAGAAAUCGUCUCUGAGAACCCGUGUCCCGCCUAUGCAUCGUCAACCCGCGUUGCCGAUCUACUGCUCACGCACCUCGACAUGGCUGACACCCGCCAGCUUCCCUCUUACAUCUUCGACUUUGUCAACGAUACUCUACAGUCCACAUAUCCGCCCGAGCCUCGGAACAAGGUGACGUCGAUUUGGAUGAUACGAUCAUUGAUCCGCGUAGUCGACGCGUGUCCUGUCGAGCUUCGACUGAACCUUUUGGACACGCUCCAAGAGGGUAUCAGCCUUUGGAUAUCGGAUGAAUUCCACGUGUUCAAUGAAGAUGAAUAUGCGGGUGAUUUGCUCCCUCUGUAUCAAACUUCUCUGCUUGGCAUGCAAGAACUUCCGAGGAGUGUUUAUGUGCUCGAUACACUAUCAGCUCUGAUUGAAUCCGUGUUUUACGGUCGCUGCGACAAGCCCGCAAUUGCGUAUGAAUCGUUUGAAGAAUUCUGGCAGUCGACUUUCGCUAGCCAUGAGGAGCCAGAAGAAGGGUGGCCCCAGAGGAUUCAAGCUUGUGUCAAGUGGUCUUCCAAACCGUGUGCAGCGGAAGAGGUGCCUGUAGAAGUUUCCGAGACUGUUCCUCAGGAAGAAGAAUUCGAGUCAGGAUCUUCAUCCGAUAGCCUAGGCAGCGAUAAUCUUCAAUCUCCCAGUUCUCAAACAACUCUCGAGCUUGAUUCGCCAUUCGUCUCAGACCAAAAUGACUUGCCCUCUUCGGGCCACCUCACUAAUGAAUGUUCCCCGUUCAUUGGUCGACUCGGACCCGCUCUCUUCUCCCCUUUUGAAAGUUUAGAAUCCGACUCCCCAUUAUUCCCCUCUAUCUUCUUUCCAACGACGCCGACACAACGUCAAAACCGUGCUGCGACGCCCCCUCGCCCCCAAAAGCCCUCGACUACUCCAGAAUCAUUCCAUUCGCUCUUGCUUCGUUCACCCGCAUCGACAUUGCCAUUGCCAUCAGUUCCUCCCUCGACCCCGCGGAGGUUACCAACCAAGUCAGAAAAGACGCCAUGCAGUGCGUCACCAGGCAAGCGGCGGAUGCUCGAGGACAAGGAAAACAUGUCCCCUGUUCGGUCUGUCAUACAACGUAUCGCGACAAGUUCUCCGAGCAAGGAAACUUCAUCCCCAUCCGUGCUUGGAAAGCGACAGCUACUCGACGAGGCUUUGGACGAUAUCACUAAGAAAGGAAGGAGAGCAUGUGGAACAUUCAUUCGUUCUUCCAUCGAGUUUCCAUCCGUGGAUGGGGAUAGUGAUCUCGAGGACGAACAGGUUGUGGCGAGUCUUCUCUCUCCGAGUAUAUCGUCGGUGUCGAAUCUCGGUUCAACCCCAGCUGGAAAUGUCUGUAGGAAGCGGAAACGCGUGCUCAUGGAUGCUGUUGUUCUCCCUCCCCUCGAGGAAGUUCGUCUUCGGUGGCAGAUGCAGCGCCGGGCCAGCGCUGAGCAGCCGUUCUUUGUGACUACGCCUAGCCAAGGCAUCCGGCGAACGCGUUCUCUGCCUUCGCUCUCAGAUCCGGAUCCUGAAGUCGACGAGUCUGAAGAUAGUCGGCCGAAGAGAAUAAGGCUCUGGGAUGACUCGGACUCGACUACCUUGGAAGAACAACUGUCUUCUUCGCCCCUGAGGGCUUUGGAGGACAUACAGAUGGCGGGUAGUGACGAUUCUAUCAUGCUCACUGGGCCAACACGUGAAUCAUUCAAAGGAUCAGAUGAUGAUCUUCAUGCCCUCGAGAUUCCUCAACAUUUGGUGUCACCCGCUCCGCGAAGAAUGACGCAUGACCUAUCAUCCAGCGACCCCCCUUCCAGUCCAUCCAGAGAAAUACUCGCUCGUCGCAAAAAUCGCAUGUUUUCCCUUUCUGAGAGGCCGAGUUUAUCCGUCUGACUUCCAUAUUAUCUUCUGCACACACAUCCCAACAUUCGGCUCAUACAUGUUAUAUGUAUCAUUAACUCUCUCGCUGUGUUUAUAGUAGCUGUCAUUGAUUUGUCGUUAAGCAUAAUUACAGGAAUUUGUACAUCAGAAUGCAGUUCAAAUAAAAUGAAAUAUGAUAUAUA